GAGACAUGGGGGCGCCACCGCACAAUGACAGAGUCUGUGUACCUUUCACCGGCAAUCCUUGCCGACUCUGGGUAUGCGGAAGACAUGGAGCAUGUUACUCCAUGAGACCAGGUGGGAGCGGCUCAUCAUGAUGCGAGCCGAGUCUAGCCUGCCAUUGACUAUCGAGUUAUUGUGCUCCUUAGAGGUGGAUCCAUCCUAUGGCUCGCGGACGCUGAACAUUCACGCCACCGACUCUCACACGACUCUGGCCUUCACUCUCUUGGGACAUGUGUAUCGUCUGACAGUUGGGGAGCUGGCAGGGCAUUUGGGUCGCUACACUUUGGAGGAGACGAUGGAUCAGGAAUUCCAUGAGGCACCAUUCCUUUUUCCCGAGAAUGUUGACCGGGUUGCUUUUUGGGCAGAGCACUCUUCUAACCCGGAGCUGUUUGAUGUUAUGAGCCGGGCGAGCUCGAUUUCUGUACAGCUAGUCGUUGGGGAACCAGGCGCACAUCGUCUAUGGCUUUUUGGUUACGCAACUCUUCUGGUCCCUCGUGAGUGCCGCGCCCAUUCCGCAGGUCAGAUGCUGAUGCGAGACUUAGACGUGGGCAUGCUGCGGGAUGCUCAUAUUCGUAGGAGCUUGGGAUCUAGCUCUUCUGAGAGCAACACUGCCUCAUCCUCUACACCAGUCACAUCAGGAGCAUCUUCCCAGCCCCCGUCUAGGAGGAGCCACUCGUCAUCGUCGCGCCGCCUCCCGAGCCACUACAUCCACUUCUCGAGAGGAGCCAACCCCUGAUUGGGCCUGAAGGGUCUUGGAGCAGCAGGACACCAUUAUUCGGACUAUGGCCACUAUGGAGCAGCUCCAGACAUCCCAGGCUAAGAG